GAUCACCGAUCCACGGAAGGAGCCGAAGAUGUCGGUUCGGUCAUUGUCCAUCAGUGCCAGCUCUCAGUGCUCAUCCAUGCCACCUGCCAGUGCCCAUCAGUACCACAUCAGUGCCACAUUUCAGUGCUCAUCAGUGCCACAUCAAUGCCACAUAUCAGUGCCCAUCUGAGCUGCCUUUCAGUGUCACCCAUCAGUGCCAGUCAGUGCCACCUAUCAAUGCCAGUCAGUGCCACCUAUCAGUGCCAUUCAGUGCCGCCUAUCAGUGCCAGUCAGUGCCGCCUAUCAGUGUGCAUCAGUGCCACCUAUCAGUGCCCGUCAGUGCUGCCUAACAGUGCCAGCCAGUGCCACCUAACAGUGCCAGUCAGUGCCGCCUAUCAGUGCCACUUAUCAGUGCCAUAUAUGAGUGCUGCUUUUCAGUGCCCAUCAGUGAUGCCUGUCAAUGCCCAUCAGUGCAACCUACCAGUGCCUCCUCAUCAGUGCCCAUCAGUGCCACCUAUCAAUGUCCAUCAGUGCAGCAUAUCAGUGCCCAUCAGUGCAGCCUCAUUAGCGCACAUCAGUGAAGGAGAAAAACCACUUAUUUACAAAAUUUUAUAACAAAAACUAAGAAAAAACUUUUUUUUUUCAAAAUUUUCAGUGGUUUUUGGUUUGUUUUUAAAAAAAAAA